CUGGAGAAAAAUUUCCAGGACAUCUCGAGAUUUGCGGUCGACCCUCGAUUGGCAGCAGCAACGCAACACGCAACACGCAACACCCCCCGUAUCGCCCUGUAUCUCGAGUACAUGAACAGGCGCCAUGGCCAGCAAGCAGCCACUCAACACAACAUUCAAAGUCGACAAGACUAUCCAGCCUAUAUUCACAGGCGGGGCUGUGUCAUUAGACAAUGGCGCCAAGAUCCUGGCUACGACCCUCGGUGAAGACGCCGUCUUGACGGACCCCUCCAAUGGACGGCAUAUCGCAAAGAUCGAAGGCGAUGGCGAGCAAAUAUCGACCUUGACAUUGACACCAAAUGGGUCGCAUCUCAUUAUUUGCUCUCGGUCUCUUACUAUGAAGGUCUUCGCAUUAAAGACGAACCAAGAUGGCUCCAUCGAACCCAAGCUCGCCCGGUCCGUGAAGCCUCAUACUACACCGGUCGUCGUUCUCGCCGUCGACCGAACGAGCACCCUUCUUGCGACAGGAGGCGCCGACGGGACAAUCAAAGUAUGGGAUAUCGCGGGAGGCUACGUUACGCAUACCUUUCGCGGACCGAGCGUCCUGGUCUCCGCGCUGCACUUCUUCGAGGUUGCCGCGGCCCGCGCCAACGAAACGGAGACGGAGAAGCCCAGCAGCAAAAAGGGGAACAUGUCACGCCAGCAAGACGUCGAGAACGAAGAGGAGGGAAGCGCCAGCACCACAACCACCACCACCACCACCACCACCACCAGGUUUCGGUUGGCCUCCGGGAGCCAGGACGGCAAGGUACGGGUCUGGGACCUCCACAAGCGCAAGGCCAUUGCGCAUCUCGAUUCCCACGUCUCGGAUGUCCAGGGUCUGGAUUACUGCCCGGAACAGCAGGCCGUCGUCUCCGGCAGCCGAGAUAAGACGAUCAUCUGGUGGGACGCGCGGUCUUGGAAGAUCCGCAAGGUCGUGCCGUGCCUGGAGCUCGUGGAGGCGGUCGGGUUCGCCGACCAGGGACGUCUGACCUACUUGGCGGGAUCCAAGGGCGUCCUCCGCGUCUGGGAUACCGACACCGGCCGGGAGUUGACCAAGGACCGACCUGCCAAGUCGGAACUGGAAGGGAUCACGAGGGCGAUCUACCAUGCAGAGCUUCCGUUCAUUCUUUGCGUACAGGCCGAUUUCACUUUGGCCAUGUACCACCCGCCCACCAAGGCCUCUCUUUCUGCUUCCGCCGAGGCCACGGUACAGGAACCUUUCCGACGUAUCUCCGGGACACACGACGAGAUCAUCGACCUCGCCUAUCUCCUACCGGACCGUUCGCUCAUGGCUCUCGGUACCAACGCGGAAGAAGUCCGGCUCGUGUCCAUGGUGGGAACAGAGUCGAAAGGCGACGACGCAUACGACUGGGCAGCGGGCGAGUCGACGUAUUUCGGCCAGGACAUCGGCCUGCUGAAGGGCCACGAGGACAUCGUCCUCGCCAUGGACGUCGACUGGUCGGGCCACUGGAUCGCCACGGGGGCCAAGGACAACACGGCGCGGCUCUGGCGCGUGGACCCGGCGAACCAGUCGUUCACCUGCUACGCGACAUUCACGGGCCACGCGGAAUCGGUCGGCGCCGUGGGCCUGCCCAAGACGGUACCGCCAGAAUCCUCGGCGCAGUUCAAGGACCCGCUGAGCCACCCGCCCCCGUUCCUCCUGACCGGGUCGCAGGACCAGACGGUCAAGAAGUGGGAGAUUCCGCGGCAGCAGCAGCAGGCGCAGCAGCAGCAGCAGCAGCAGCAGGGGAAGAAGGGCGGCAGCGGCUCGCGGGCUCUGUUCACGCGAAAGGCGCACGACAAGGACAUCAACGCCAUCGACGUGCACCCGUCGGGCCAGCUGUUCGCGACGGCGUCGCAGGACAAGACGGUCAAGAUCUGGUCGGCGGCCGAGGGCGAGGUGCAGGGCAUCCUCAAGGGUCAUCGGCGCGGCGUGUGGUCGGUCAAGUUCGCGCCCGGCGACACCCCCAUUAUCCAGGGCGACGAGGGGCCGGUGGCCGGCAAGGGCGUCGUGCUGACGGGGAGCGGCGACAAGACCAUCAAGCUGUGGAGCCUAUCGAGCUACAGCUGCAUCAGGACGUUCGAGGGCCACUCCAACAGCGUGCUGAAGGUGGCGUGGCUCAACAUUCCCCGGGCGGACGACAAGAGCAGCAGCAACAACAACAACAACAACAACAACAAGAGGCCGAUCCAGUUCGCCAGCGCGGCGGGCGACGGGCUGGUCAAGGUGUGGGACGCGCAGUCGGGCGAGUGCGAGUGCACGCUGGACAACCACAUCGACAGGGUGUGGGCGGUGACGGUGCACCCGGGGGACAACACGAUCGUGUCGGGCAGCGCGGACUCGACGGUCUGCUUCUGGAAGGACACGAGCACGGAGACGCAGGCCGAGGCGACGCAGGCGGCGCGGAAGCUGAUCGAGCAGGAGCAGGAGCUGGAGAACCACGUCCGCGCCGGCUCGUACCGCGAGGCCAUCGUGCUGGCGCUGCAGCUCAACCACCCCGGUAGGCUGCUCCACCUGUUCACGUCGGUGGUGACGACGAGCAAGCCGGAGGCGGGCAGCCUGAGCGGGGUCAGGGCGGUGGACGAGGUGCUGGCCAGCUUGGCGGACGAGCAGAUCUUCCUGCUGCUGCUGCGGCUGCGGGACUGGAACACCAAUGCGAGGACGGCGCCGGUGGCGCAGCGGAUCCUGUGGGCGCUCGUGCGGAGCUACCCGGCGGCGAGGCUGUCGAACCUGUCGGUCAAGGGGGCGCGGGGGCAGAAGAGCCUGGGCGAGGUGCUCAAUGCGCUCAAGGUGUACACGGAGAGGCAUUACAAGCGGAUGGAGGAGCUGGUGGACGAGAGUUAUCUGGUGGAAUAUACCCUGCAGGAGAUGGACGGCCUGGCACCUGCCUUGGACGAUGUGGUGAUGCGAGAUGCGGAGGAUGGCGGUAGGGACGUUAUUAUGGCGUCGUAGUAUAGAGCCUGUAUAGAACGCAAAAGGAAAAGACGACUUACGUGACCUGGCUGCAUUAGUUUUCAGUGGUCAAUUUCUCUUUAAAAGCUUCGUGUAAGGUGGU